CCAUGGUGAUAACUAGUCGAAGCACUUACUAUGUUAUUGCCGGUGUUACUGUCUCGAAAUAUGUGAAAUCUCAACCCAAAAUCGCUAAUAUGGGCCUUUUGAUUUUAAAAUUUUAGUAGUUAUUUCACCCAGACCCACGAAGAAACACAUCGGCAUGGAUCUUUGUGGUGAAACUUUGACUCCGAACGUAUUCACUGUUGUCAUGACAACGUAAAUGCUACAAAAAUUGUGUUACAAAUACUCGUACACGAAAAAGCAAAAGUGACAUUCGAAGGUUUAUAAAGAAUGGCAAAAAACUUUAGCGCAAAUCAGUAUGAAAACGCAUUUGCCGGAAAGCGUCUGCAGAACUGGGAAAUUCCAGCAAAGUUCAAAGAGCGACCUUCUCCGCUCAAUGGUUACACCAAACUUAUUGCUGACGAUAGAGGUCAUCUUAUUGACGGUAUUAAGCGCUCUAAAAAAUGUCCAUGGGGUGGAUUUAGUGGCACUUGGGACUCGAGAGAUGACAAAAAUAAACGCAUUCAGAAAACAGAAAAACACGAAACGUUGCCAAUUGAAAGCAAAGCUGAUAUCUUAACCAUAAAAUCACCUCAUCCAGCUAAUGAAGACAAUAGUAAUGAUAAACUAUUAUCACCAGCUCCUCAAAUAUUUGAUGAAAAGAACAUUGGAAUAUCAAAACACAUUGAAGAAACAAGUAAAAAUGAAAAAAAUGAAGAAAAUGAUGAACAAAGUUCCCUGCCAAUUCCCAAAACUUCUGAACAAAUCCCUAGUCCCAUUGAAUGAAAAGAUGAAUUAUAACCCAAACAAAUUAAAAAGGAUCAGAUAACAUGCUGUGAAGAGAUUAUAAAUUAUUCAAUACACAUUGAAUGCAAUAUACAUAAUUAUGUUCACCUUUUUUCUUUAAUUGAACUUGUAAAAGCUUCCAAUAGAGGUUGUUUAAAACAUUUGUCACCCAUCAAGUUGAUUGGUUUUAAGUAACAGCAA